GCCCUCUGGCAGGGAGGCCUCAGCUGGGGGUGGGGCUCUGCCGCUGGAGGGGCCACAUCCGGGGCGCUUGCGCGCACAGCCCUGGCUCCCCUAGCUCCUCUCUUGGGGGUCCAGCCAUGGCAGGAGGGUAUCAGGGACGUGUGAGGACAAAGCCCAGGAAGUGUCCUGAGCAUCACCCUGGGAGGCGGCUCUGGCGGGGCACAUCCUGGCCGGCACCUGCCCCCGGUCACCCCCUUCCCUGUGUCCACAGCCGGCAGCCGUCUGAUGGCGAACGCGCCCGCCGCCGCCUUCAUGGGCAGCUUCCUCAGCAGCAGCCUGGGCUCCGCAGCCUCCGCGCACCCCAGCGGCCCGGCCCCUGCCCCCACGGAGCAGGCCUACCGUGGCUCCCACCCCACCGCCUCCCAGCUCUGGUUCUCCCACUCCCACGAAGCUCCAGGGUACCCCAGAUUUUCAGGGAGCCUGGCAUCCACCUUCCUACCCAUGAGCCACCUGGAUCACCAUGGAAACAGCAACGUUCUCUACGGGCAGCAUCGUUUCUAUGGAACCCAGAAAGAUAACUUCUACCUGCGCAACCUGCCCCCCCAGCCCGCACUGCUGCCCACCAACCACGGCUUCCCUGGCGUGGCCCGCGCCGCCCCCGGCCCCUCCAUCAGCUCCUGCGGCCGCGAGCGGGGCGAGGCCAGCCCCUUGCCUAAGGGUGCCAAGGAGCUGGACCGCUUCCUCAUGGGCAAAGACCUGGGCAAGGACAAGGCCGGCAAGGUGGCCGAGGGCAAGGAGCGGCCGGCGGCGGACGAGGACGGCGGCAAGGAGCGGCACCGAGUGGUGCUGGCUGAGCCGGCUGGCGGGCUCUGCAAGGAGAGCGGGGUGUCCCGGGGCGCCUGUGAGGGCCGCCCCAAGCUCCUGGCCCCCUGCCUCCUCAGCACCAAGGCGCUCAACGGCGAGCUGGGCAAGGCCGCGCCGGCCAGCUACGGGGGGAUGCUGGGGCGGCCUGGGACGGGCGUGGCGGCCGCUGCGCGCUGCACCAAGGAGGUGGUGGGCCCCCCGGAGGCCGGGCCGGCCUUCAGCGAGUGCCUGGAGCGGCGGCAGAUGCUGCACCACGCCGUGUCCUACACGGUGCCGUCCGGCCUGCCUGCGGGGCCCCCGCCGUCCCUCAGCACACCCGCCACCUCCUUCCCCUGCCUGCAGCUGCAUGGGGGCCCAGACGGGCUAUGCCCGCUGCAGGACAAAGCCCCCCGGGACCUGAAGGCCAGCGGGCCCACCUUCGUGCCUUCCGUGGGACACCUGACCGAAAAAAGCCGCCCCUUCACAGCGGCCGAGGCCUGUGCUGUGGCGGGCGAGGCCAAGGAGCUGCACCUGGACGGCACCGCGGCCUCUGAGCACGCCGCGCCCUACUGCGCCCCCUACGCCCGCCUGAAGGCUGAGGCCAAGGGUGAGCGCCGGCCAGGGGGCUUCGAAGUGGCCCUUAACCCCCGGCUCAAGGGCCUGGAGUACCUCCACAGCGCCGGCCCCGAGGCCCCCUUCCCCGGGCUGUCCAAGGGCGGGCUGGACAAGGGCGGCUACUUCGAGUUGCCCGCCCCCUCCCAGGACUGUGCUCGGCCGAGUCACCAGGACCCGCUGGGCGGGAAGGUCCCCCAGACCUGCUGCACUUUAGACAAGGCUGCCAGCAAGGAGGCAGCCCCGUGUCCCCCAGCGGCCCAGAAGGUGGCCCGGAUCCGGCACCAGCAGCACGUGGUGGCCCCUGAGGGGGAGCAGGGGGGCGGUGGGGCAGAGGCCACACGCAAGGCCCUGGAGCUGGCGUCUCUGGGCUAUGGCGGGCCUCCCCUGCCGCCAUGGGGUGUCCAGUCGGGCCAGGGUGCCCCUGCAGCCAUCGGCGAGGAGCGCAAGGGUGGGCCCUACCUUGACCCUUUCGGGGGCAGCCUGCAGCAGGCGGCCUUGCUGCCCCAGGAGCUGCCCGCACCGCCUGACGAGGUCUCGGCCAUGAAGAGCCUGCUGCAGUACAGCAACCAAGCGCUGGUCGGCGGGCGUGAAGCGCCCCUUGUGGGCCUGGGUGGCCUCAGGGCCAGUUGUGCCCAGCAGCAGGUGAAGUUCCCAGCCACCAAGGGCCCGGCCUCCGGGGAGGUGGUGCGGCCCGAUUGCGCCCGCAGCCGCGAGCACGACACCCUGCCUGGUGAUGGUGAGGUGCGGCAGCCGCCCGUGGGCAUCGCCGUGGCCUUGGCCCGGCAGAAGGACACCACGAGCCGGCCUGACGCAGCCUAUGGCACCCACAGCGGGCGGCCAGGCCGGGCAGCCCCUGCCUUCAAAGCUGGUGCUGCGCCCCGAGCCCCCCACGCGUUGGACCUCGAGCCGGAAGAGGACCGGACGCGCCUGUGUGAGGACCGCCUGGGGCUGGCCGGCCGCGAGCUGCUGCUACAGGACAACAAGGACCUCGUGGAAUUCGCCCGGAUCCACCCGUCAGGCAGCUGCCCUGGAGACCUGGCCCCCCACCUCAUGAUUGCCGGCAGCUCCUCCCUGCAGAGCGGCCAGCUGGGUGGGGAGCCGGCCCCCCACCCGCACCCUCCCCACCCACCCUGGCUGCCCCGCACCCGCAGCCCCUCCCUGUGGAUGGGGGGACACUCCUACGGCCUCGGGCACCCGGCCCUGCAUCAGAACCUGCCUCCCGGCUUCCCCACCUCUGUGCCGAGCUCCAUGCCCCCCGUCUUCCCCCUGUCCCAGGACACCCCCACGCAGCUCGUCAUCCUGCCCUCGGAGCCCACAGCCCACGCCGCCCCCCACGCGCUGGCUGACGUCAUGGACCAGGCCUCUCUGUGGCCCCCGAUGUAUGGGGCCCGGGGCCCCGCCCCCCACAUGCAGCACCCGGGCCAGCUUCCUGUGUACGCGCGACCCCAGUUUCUGCGGCAGCCUGAGCUGUAUGCCCUGCAGCAGCCGCAGCCGCAGCCACAGCCACAGCGGCCAGCCCAGGCCCUGGAGCCGCAGCGGGCCGCCCCCUUCCAGCGGAAGCCCGAGGACCACCACCAGGAGCCGGAGGAGGCCGCCCAGGAGAAAGCCCUUAAGUCCACUCACAAACCAGUUGCCUUACCCGCCUCGGCCAAGGGCGCCCCCUCGCCCGACAUCACGGGCCCUACCAAGCUGUCGCCCUGCUGCCACUCGCCCCCCCGGAAGCCCCCCGCCAGCUGCCCCACACCGCCGCCCCACCCCGGCGCCUCCUGUACUUUCUCCGUCUGCCCUGCUGCCAGCUCCGGGCCUGGCCCCAGGGUGCCCAGCGCCAAGGAGAAGGGUGGGGAGGGCCGGCGGCCCAGCGCCAACCUCAGCUCCUUGGAACCAGACCUGCCUCCCGGGUACUCGUGCUCUGCCACCAGCUCGGGCUUCUCCCUGGCCGCCGCCUCUGACCUCUCGGACCCUGAAACUAUGCAAACCGCCACCCCCAGGGCCCAGCCCGAGCUGGGAAGGACGUUUCCAUCCGGGGAGCCACCACCCUGCAGCCCCAAGAGUCUGGAGCCACCCAGGCUACCCUCGGGGGCCAGGGAGGCCACCCAGGACCUCACCGCCACCCCCCACCCUGCCGAGCGGGGACCCCCAGGGAAGGCAGUGGACCUCAGCCUGCUGGAGGGGCUGCGAGAACUGCAGUGUGGGACCCUCCUCAAGGGGGAGGACCCUGAGGCCACUGGCCGGACUAACUCUACUCAGGGAGGGGCCCGGGAGGAAAGGACCACGGCGGGAGACGGGGAGCCAGGGCCCUUGCACGGGGCCGGCCUCCAGGCCCCGGAGCAGCCAGAGGGGGGCCUGGGCGCUGAGGAGGCCGAGCGGGUAGAGCGCCAGGCUCCCGAGGAGGCCGAGCCUGAGCCGGAGGAUGAGCACCGGGACGAGGGGCUGGAGGAGGGGGCCCGGAGGGCCGCUCCCCACAGCGGCUGCCUGCCCAGGGCCCUACCAGGCCUGGACGCUCUGGUGGCAGCCACCGUCAACCUGGGGGACCUGCCUGGAGUCGACUCACGGAACCUGCAGCCCCCUGCCGUCCCGGGGCUGCCCAGCACCGCCCCCCUGCCCCGUUGCUCAGGGACCCCUGGAAUCGCCCUGCUCAGCGAGCUGGCCGACCUCGAGCCCCAGCAGCAGAGGAGCCCACCUGCCCUGCAAGAGGCGGCGGAUGUGCUGGCCUUCAACCUGCAGCGCCUGGCCACGCUGGCCUCGGCCUGGUCCCUGGUGGAGGCAGCCGGCCUGGACGGUCCUACCUGCUCGGCCCGGCCCCCCACCGUGGCCCCUGGCAGGACUGCCGCGCUCACGCCCCGCAUGCAGAUCCUGCGGCGCAAGGACACCUGGACGCCCAAGACCAAGCCCGUAUGCCCACUGAAGGCUGCCAUCGACCAGCUGGACACUCAGGAGGUGGCAAUGCGGGUGCAGCUGGCAGAGCUCCAGCGGCGCUACAAGGAGAAGCAGCGGGAGCUGGCGCGCCUGCAGCGCAGACGUGACCACGAGAGAGACGAGAGCUGCAGAAGCCCUGCCCGGCGGGGGCCUGGACGGCCCCGGAAGCGCAAGUACACCAGCCUGCUGCCUGCCCUGCGCCCCGGCGCCCCGCUGCCCAGGGGGGACAGCAAGAGAGUCAAGGCGGUGCGGUCCAGCCUGAGCCUGCUGUGUGCUGAGCUGCGGGGCGGUGACGAGCCCCCAAAGAAGCGGAGCAAGCUUCAGAGAGGCAUGUGCGCGGGCCUGCAGGCCACCUCCGCGGAGAGGGCGCGGUACAGGAAGGGCGGCGCGCAGGAGCUGGCAUCCGCGGUGGCCCACAAGGCUGCCCAGCUGAAGCCGAAGGUCAAGAGCAAGGGACUGCCCGCCGGCCUCAGCCCUUUCCGGCGGAAGGAGGCUGCCGCAGGUGGGCGCAUCCGGAAGAAGCUCUCCCGAGCCAAGAGCGCGAAGGCAGCCGGGGGGGCCCGGCUCCCACAGCCCGACGGCAGCAGCGGCGGCAGGGAGACGCCCAGGUUCCCGGGCCGGCCGGCCGUGGCCCGAGAGACAGGCAACGGCUAUGACAGCGAGGGCUGCGAGGGUCUGCUGGGGACGGAGGCCCCACCCAAGGAGCCGGGGCUGGCUCUGCACCCUGCUGCGCUGGGGCCUUCGCCCUCCUCCGUGGUCAAGAUGGAGGCCAACCAGAAGGCCAAGAAGAAGAAGGAGAGGCAGGGCUUGCUAGGGGCCUGCCGCCUGUCCAGCCCAGAGAGCGAGGUCAAGAUCAAGAGGCGGACGGCGAAGACCAAGGUGAGCGCCAAGCUAGAGCGGCCCCCGGGGCGCCGGCCCCCAGGGGCGCCGGGCAAGAAGAAGGCCAAGGGCCAGGCCAAAGGCAGCCUGCGGACAGAGCCGGGGGCCGCCCCCAGCAGGGACGCCCUCUUCAGCCCCGCCCGGGCCUUCUGCCGCGAGGAGGGCAGCAAGCUGGCCAGUGAGCGCCUCAAGAGAGCCACCCGCAAGGGUACCCUGCUGCAGCCCGGCCUGCGGCGCAAGAACGGGGCCCUGUCCAUCGCCCUGUCACCCCGCAAUGCCAAGGCCAUCCUGGGGAGCAGGAAGCUGGGCAAGGCGAAGGGCAAGGCCGCCGGCAAGCAGGGUCAGGGCCGGGCGGUGAGCCGGCUGCUGGACAGCUUCGCGGUGGAGGACGACUUUGCCUUCGACGACAACAGCAGCUUCUCGGAGGAGGAGGCGGCGGCCGGCGGCCCCCUGAGCAUGGAGCAGAGCGCCGCCCUCGCGCGCUCCUGCACCAUCCACAAGGAGGACCUGCAGGACGGGCUGCCCGUGCUCAUCCCCAAGGAGGACAGCCUGCUGUACGCGGGCAGCGUCAGGACCCUGCAGCCCCCUGACAUCUACAGCAUCGUCAUCGAGGGCGAGAGGGGCAACCGGCAGAGGAUCUACUCCCUGGAGCAGCUGCUGCAGGAAGCGGUCCUCGACGUCCGGCCGCAGUCCAGUCGGUACCUCCCACCCGGCACAAGGGUCUGCGCCUACUGGAGCCAGAAGUCCCGCUGCCUGUACCCCGGCAACGUGGUCCGAGGCACCUCCAGCGACGAAGAGGAAGACCUGGACUCCGUGGUGGUGGAGUUUGACGACGGGGACACGGGCCACAUCGCCGUCUCCAACAUCAGGCUGCUGCCCCCCGAUUUCAAGAUCCAGUGCACAGAGCCCUCGCCCGCCCUGCUGGUGUCCAGUGGCUGCCGGAGGACCAAGAAGACACCCCGCGAGCCCACCGCUGGCGAGGCCGCUGCCCCCAGCCCGUCCCCCAAGCCCCACGACGGCCCUGAAGCCUCCAAGACCCCAGCCAAGAAAUCCAUCGGCAAAGACAAAGCUGGCAAAGCGGAGCUCCUCCCCAGCGGCGCCAAGCCCGCCCCCGGGCCCGGGGACCCCCUCCUGGGCCGGCGUGGCGGCCCCCUGCUGAGCUGGUCGGCGGUGGCGCAGGCCCGGCGGAAGGCGGCGGCCGCGGCGGGUGGCAAGGGGCCGGCCGUGCUGCAGAACCUCUUCCAGCUCGGCGGCGGCGCCAGGAAGCUGCGGGCCCGCGAGGCCCUGUUCCCGGUGCACGGCCUGGCCGCCCCCGUGUUCGGCAACGGCUUCGAGGCCGGCUCCUUCGGCAGCCUGGCCGGCUCCUACGUGCCCUUCGGCGGCGGCGGGGCGGCCCACAAGCUGCUGCGGGCCAAGAGGGCCGAGCGGGCGGAGGCCGACAGGGCCGGGCGGCGGCGGGCCGGUGGCGAGUUCUUGGUCAAGCUGGACCACGAGGGCGUCACCUCCCCCAAGAACAAGAACUGCAAGGCGCUGCUCGUGGGGGACAAGGACUUCGGGCCCAAGCUGGGGCGGCCCCUGCCCAGCCCCAGCUACACGCACCCGGCCCUGGCGGGCAGGGACAGGAGGGGGCGGGCGCCCGCGCACCCGCUGCCCGUGGGGCUGGCGCUGCGCAAGUUCGCCGGCCAGGCCGAGUACCCGCUGCCCUGCGACAGCGACUGCCACAGCUCCUACUCGGACGAGGAGGAGGACGGGCCCGGGCUGGCGCCCGGCGUGCCCCCCCGCUUCCUCGCCCGCCUGCCCGUCUCCUCCUCCUCCUCGGGCUCCUGCUCGUCCUCCUCCUCGGGCUCGCUGUCCACCUCCAGCCUCUGCUCCUCGGACGACGAGGGCUCCUCCUGCAGCUCGGACGACGAGGACCCGUCGCUGCUGCUGCAGACCUGCCUCACCCACCCGGUGCCCGCCCUGCUGGCCCAGCCUGAGGCCCUGCGCGCCAAGGGGGGCGGCCCCCACGUGCACGCCCAGCGCUGCUGCCUGCCCCGGGCCGCGGGGGCCAGCGGGGGUGCGGGCGCCGGCCCCAGCGGCGGCAGGUCCAAGCUCAAGUGCAAGGAGCCCCCGAGCUUCUCCAAAGCCAAAGAGCUCUCCCGGAGGCAGCGGCUGCCCUCCGUGGAAAACCGGCCAAAGAUCUCCGCCUUCCUGCCCGCCCGGCAGCUCUGGAAGUGGUCGGGGAGCCCCACGCAGAGGCGGGGCAUGAAGGGGAAGGCCAGGAAGCUGUUCUACAAGGCCAUCGUCAGGGGCAAGGAGACGCUGCGUGUCGGCGACUGCGCCGUCUUCCUGUCGGCCGGGCGGCCCAACCUGCCCUACAUCGGCCGCAUCGAGAGCAUGUGGGAGUCGUGGGGCAGCAACAUGGUGGUGAAGGUCAAGUGGUUCUACCACCCGGAGGAGACCAAGCUGGGGAAGCGGCAGAGCGACGGGAAGAACGCGCUGUACCAGUCCUGCCACGAGGACGAGAACGACGUGCAGACCAUCUCCCACAAGUGCCAGGUGGUGGGGCGCGAGCAGUACGAGCAGAUGGCGCGCAGCCGCCAGCACCAGGGCCGGCAGGACCUGUACUACCUGGCGGGCACCUACGACCCCACCACCGGCCGCCUGGUGACCGCCGACGGCGUGCCCGUCGUGUGCUGAGCCGCGGGCCGGCGCCCCAGGGGCGCGUCUGAGCAGACUCACGGCCGCAGCCGGGCUCUCGCUGUCGCCCUGGGCCCGGGCCCCGGGGCUCCCGAGAUUAGAAUCCAAGCCAUAUCCCCUAGUACCUCCGACCGCCUCCCACCAGGGAUCGCGGAAUCAGGUGUGUCGUCUAUUUAUUUCUCUCUGUAAAUACGGUAUUUCCACGGGGAAGUUCUGAAAGAGUGGAGAGGAUUUCCCCACAUGCGUGGCGAGGCUGUGCGUGUGUGCGUGCGUGCGUGUGUGUGUGAGGAUUUUUGUUUUUGGGGGGGUUCUUUGAAAAUGCACUGUUUUCCUCAGCCGAGCUGAGUUCUGACUGUGGCGUCUGCGAGGACAGGCCGCCGGGCAGGGCCCCAGGCGGGCGUCCACAGGCCCCUCGGCCACCUGCUCGGCCCCGGGGGGCUGUGCGAGGAGGAAAUCACACCCAAGUGGAUUUCCUUUCACUUCAUCUCCUAGGAAAAAGUAUUGGGGGGCUGGACCAUGAGGCUCCCUCGGGAGAGAAGGCAUUCCAGCAGCUGCAGUGAACACUGGGGCCCGUGGCCUCGCCCGGGCCAGCCCCGCGUCCCUUACCUCUGUUUAGAACAAAACGAAAACGAACCAAGUGUUUAAGGUGUUGCUACAAGGAAGUGACGUUUUGUUUUGUUUCCCGAAUAUUCCGAGUUGUGAUUUCCGCUCCCACGGCCAGUUUGUCAGGCCCCAGCAUGGCCGGAGGCUUCUGGGCCCCCUGCAGGGCAGCCAGCCGGGCGGGGGGCUGGUGCUGGAGCAGAGCGCGGGCCUGCCCCGCGUGCAGGGCCCCCAGGAGCCGCUCACCCCUCCGCCCCAUCUGCGGGGGGGGGGCAGGGGACUCAGAGCCCCAGCACCCAGCACCUCCCUCGGCCAAGAGGGACAGAGAGGCGGGCCCAGCAGCCUUGUUUCUGAAACGCACUGAGGGGCACGUGCCCCCACAUCUCACUGCACGGAGGAUCCCGAGCCCCCCGGGAGGGAGGAGAGCCCCCCAAGUUAGCACUGCUCCUUAGGGCGAGCUCCUGUGAGCCACAGACACAGCCCCAGUCCCCAGGAAAUAAGGGGAUGUCGUAGGUGCCCAGCACCCUACCCCAGCCCUCUCGGCCCCCUUUCCACCCAGGAAACCCCCACCCUGCCCGCAGGGCCCUCCUGCCCUCCCGGCAGCUCCGCAGUAAGUGCAGGGACAGGGAGGCCCCGCACCCCACGCCCACCCGACGCUCCCCUUUGUCCCCCGCUCGAGUGCAAUAUUCAUCCCUGGUGGUCGUCCUGGAGACGGUGGCCGGGAAGCAGCGUGCUGUGGAGAAGACGCCCCGGAGCCGGCUCCAGGCGGGGGCAGACGGGCAGGCACCCUCCGGCCUUCCCGACGACCCCGUCUCUGGUCUCGCCCCCCUUCUCCUGCCUGUGUGUGUGUGAAUGGGGUCCCCUCUGACCGCGGCCCACGCGGCCACAGCGUGACUAUUGUAAAUGUGUAAACUAAGAGGAUGGUUGGAUUUUUUUUCAAUGUAAACACUAAAAACAAACAAACAAAAAAACAAAGGUUUUAUGAACAGCGAACUCUAUGUAAAGCAUUUUAGUAUUAAAUUUUUUAUGGACAACUGGCUUAAGAAUAAAUCU